CAUGUUAGCAGGUUUAAUUUGCAUGAGUUUUCCCUUGGAAAAACGCUUCGGGGUUUUAACUCAUUUUUACCGGCAUCGCCGCCCAAAGUUGGAAUCUUCGACACUAAACACACUGGUCGUUCGUAUUAGGGACUGGGGAUGGCUUGUAGUGGUGCUGGCGCUGAGGGCGGCGUCGGCAACGGCAGCGCCGCCACGGACGCUGUGUCGGGAACGUCUACCCAUGGCAGUCUCAUGUUGGACGCCGGGGUGCGGACUGCUCGACAGAACUUGUCCACCCACUGAUCCAGUUGGCCGAGGCCAAUGAACGAGGAUCUGCCCUCUGGUCGACGCGAGUAGAGGACUUCAAUCCACGCGUGUGUGGGCGAUGAUUGAGCCACCGAGUGGAUUGGUGGAAUCCCCGCAGCCGCACAUUGCUCCACUCGAAACUGUACGUGCUGUCGAUGUCGCCACCGCCGGAGGCCAGAGAUGAUCACAGCGAUUGCGAGGACCACCGGCACACCCACGACCGCCACCCACGUCCAGGUAGGGGUUGAGUGGGGGGAAUAUUUCUUGUGGGGCCACCGUCGUGCCACGAAGGAACGUCUCAAUUCGAGGCCGUUGAGAUGACUCUCGAGGUUCCUCCGGACUUUGAACUUUCGCAGUCGUGGUAGGCAUCAUCGACUUGACACCCGUGGUACUUGACGGUGUUGAUGUUGUUUUAGUACUUUACAAUAGGUUGCGAAUAGUGAAGAGAGAUUGGGAAUUCCCCCCCAUAACCUCCCUCGGACCUCGGGCAACCAAAUAAUGCUAAUGUAUAUCCCCAGCUCUAGUGCCUAUGGUUCCUCGGGUUGGACCUGUCACUGUUUGGAACAUAUCGGAAGAAUGCCAAAUGAUCAUUUCAUAGUUCAUUCCAUUCUCUUGUAGUUUCUGGGGCCGUGACCUGGCGUCGUGGAGACUGUAAAACUCAUGACUGAUUAGUCAAACACUGUGCAUCGUACUUACAAUUCGUCCGUCUUAACUACACGCGUUCCGCCGAAUACGUGGCCGCGGAGCUAGGGGCGUCGUAUGACGUGGAGGCAGCGUGGGGCGGCGGCGGGGACUGGUGUUGAAACUGCGUUUGGUAGCCGGGCAAGGCAUCCUUGGACUCCAACGAACACUUGCCGGGCGUAUACGCGUCGACAUGGGUCGCCAUCUGAGCGAUCGCACAUCCGCAGCAGCAGCAGCCGACGCAAAUAUCUUCCAAGACAGAGCCAGGCACGCCAAACCACCGGCGGACGUGGGCGCGAAGGUACACGACAAACGCAGCGACCACGAGGCCCCCAAACCCCGUGCACGACAGCAAGAACAGAACCAGGAGCGUGAGGACGUAGUCAAAUAAGCCCAGACGGCCCACCACUUGCGCCAACAGCACGCAGGGGCAGCAGCAGCACAUAAGACCGUUGGGCACGGGGUGGUCGCAGCAGUGGAACAGACCAGACUUCCACUGCCCCCGCAUGAUUUGGCUGCCGUCGGAGGCUGCCGCGUAAGGCUGCUGUGGUUGGCUCGAGCGCAUUGAGGAAGGCAGGCUGUUGAUUAAUGCAAAGUGAGACUGGAUUGGAUUUCGAAAACAAUCCGCGAUGGA